ACGGCCCUCGCUGGAGGAGGAGGGUCAGAGCUCGGGGGCAGCCAAUCGCGCGCAACGCUGCUAGUUAUCAGAGCAGAAUGGGCUGUAGUUGAGUGGACUCGGAAAGCUGCAAAACACUGUGGAGUGCUGCCGUGUAAAUAAAAAGGGGGAAAAAGUUUCUCAAGUCGCCGUUGCACGACGUCGGGCCGCGCCGGGGCGGGGGUCUGCGCUCUUCCGAGCGGCCGCGCGCGGGACUCUGUGGUGCCGCCAGCCCCGGCCCCAUUGUUUGUGUUUUCUUCAAAAUAUGGCAAAGGUUCAGGUGAACAAUGUAGUGGUGCUGGAUAACCCGUCGCCUUUCUACAACCCGUUCCAGUUCGAGAUCACCUUCGAGUGCAUCGAGGACCUGUCUGAAGACUUGGAGUGGAAAAUUAUCUAUGUGGGCUCUGCAGAAAGUGAAGAAUACGAUCAAGUCUUAGACUCUGUUUUAGUGGGCCCUGUUCCUGCAGGAAGGCAUAUGUUUGUUUUUCAGGCUGAUGCACCGAAUCCAGGACUCAUUCCAGAUGCAGAUGCAGUGGGGGUAACAGUUGUGCUAAUUACUUGUACCUAUCGAGGUCAAGAAUUUAUUAGAGUUGGCUACUAUGUAAAUAAUGAAUAUACUGAAACAGAAUUAAGGGAAAAUCCACCAGUAAAACCAGAUUUUUCUAAGCUUCAAAGAAAUAUUUUGGCAUCUAAUCCCAGAGUCACAAGAUUCCACAUUAACUGGGAAGAUAACACAGAAAAACUGGAAGAUGCAGAGAGCAGUAACCCAAAUCUACAGUCACUUCUUUCAACAGAUGCAUUACCUUCAGCAUCAAAGGGAUGGUCCACGUCAGAAAACUCACUGAAUGUCAUGUUAGAAUCCCACAUGGACUGCAUGUGAUAACAUGCCAUCCCAUUAGUACAGAUUAAGCUAUUAAAAACAGAACUAUUUCCCUGAAGUUCCGUAAGUACAUAGUCAAGGUGAAAUGUGAAGAAUCUGUUUAAAAACAUCCUGUAGAAAGUUUAUAAGAAAACCAGUAUUUGAGCAAAUUGUGGAAUAUAAAUACAACUAUUUUUAAGUACUUUUUUUCUCUAAUGUGUUAUUUUAUUUGUUCUUGAAACUAAUCUGGUUAAAGUAUAUAUAUUAUUUUCUUCUCCUUUAUAUGUAAUUAAA